AAAUCACGCGAGACUUGCAUCACGGCCGUUGUCCCCGAGUCAACCUGGGGGUGUGGAGCAGCCAAGAUGGAGCCGGCAGCCGGCGGUCCGGGCCCACUGAUCGUGAACAACAAGCAGCCCCAGCCUCCGCCACCUCCGCCGCCGGCAACCGCACAGCCACCACCCGGGGCACCGCGGGCCGGCGCGGGCCUCCUUCCUGGGGGCAAAGCCCGGGAGUUCAACCGCAACCAGCGCAAAGACUCGGAGCAGGGCUAUUCGGAGUCACCAGACCUGGAGUUUGAGUAUGCUGACACAGACAAGUGGGCUGCAGAGCUCUCGGAGCUUUACAGCUACACGGAAGGGCCAGAAUUCCUGAUGAAUCGAAAAUGCUUUGAGGAGGACUUCCGGAUCCAUGUGACAGACAAGAAGUGGACUGAGCUGGACACCAACCAGCACCGGACCCAUGCCAUGAGGCUCCUGGAUGGCUUGGAAGUCACUGCCAGGGAGAAGAGACUCAAGGUGGCUCGAGCAAUUCUCUAUGUUGCUCAAGGCACGUUUGGGGAGUGCAGCUCGGAGGCAGAGGUGCAGUCCUGGAUGCGCUACAACAUCUUUCUCCUCCUGGAGGUGGGCACGUUCAAUGCUUUGGUGGAGCUUCUGAACAUGGAAAUAGACAACAGUGCCGCCUGCAGCAGUGCUGUGAGGAAGCCCGCCAUCUCCCUGGCUGACAGCACAGACCUCAGGGUCCUGCUCAACAUCAUGUACCUGAUAGUGGAGACCGUUCACCAGGAGUGUGAGGGUGACAAGGCUGAGUGGAGGACCAUGCGGCAGACCUUCAGAGCCGAACUGGGCUCCCCGCUGUACAACAGUGAGCCAUUUGCCAUCAUGCUGUUUGGGAUGGUGACCAAAUUUUGCAGUGGUCACGCCCCUCACUUCCCCAUGAAGAAAGUUCUCUUGCUGCUCUGGAAGACAGUGUUGUGCACGCUGGGUGGCUUUGAGGAGCUGCAAAGCAUGAAGGCUGAGAAGCGCAGCAUCCUGGGCCUCCCUCCACUUCCUGAGGACAGCAUCAAAGUGAUUCGCAACAUGAGGGCAGCUUCUCCACCAGCAUCUGCUUCAGACUUGAUUGAGCAGCAGCAGAAACGGGGCCGCCGAGAGCACAAGGCUCUGAUAAAGCAGGACAACCUAGAUGCCUUCAACGAGCGGGAUCCCUACAAGGCUGAUGACUCUCGAGAAGAGGAAGAGGAGAAUGAUGAUGACAACAGUCUGGAGGGGGAGACAUUCCCCCUAGAACGGGAUGAAGUGAUGCCUCCCCCACUACAGCACCCACAGACCGACAGGCUGACCUGCCCCAAAGGGCUCCCCUGGGCUCCCAAGGUCAGAGAGAAAGAUAUUGAGAUGUUCCUCGAGUCCAGCCGCAGCAAAUUUAUAGGUUACACGCUAGGCAGUGACACGAACACAGUGGUGGGGCUGCCCAGGCCAAUCCACGAAAGCAUCAAGACUCUGAAACAGCACAAGUACACGUCGAUUGCAGAGGUCCAGGCGCAGAUGGAGGAGGAGUACCUCCGCUCCCCUCUCUCAGGGGGAGAAGAAGAAGUUGAGCAAGUCCCUGCAGAAACUCUCUACCAAGGCUUGCUGCCCAGCCUGCCUCAGUAUAUGAUUGCCCUCCUGAAGAUCCUGUUGGCUGCAGCACCCACCUCAAAAGCUAAAACAGACUCAAUCAACAUCCUAGCGGAUGUCUUGCCUGAGGAGAUGCCCACCACAGUGUUGCAGAGCAUGAAGCUGGGGGUGGACGUAAACCGCCACAAAGAGGUCAUUGUUAAGGCCAUUUCUGCUGUCCUGCUGCUGCUGCUCAAGCACUUUAAGUUGAACCAUGUCUACCAGUUUGAAUACAUGGCCCAGCACCUGGUGUUUGCCAAUUGCAUUCCUUUGAUCCUAAAGUUCUUCAAUCAAAACAUCAUGUCCUACAUCACCGCCAAGAACAGCAUUUCUGUCCUGGAUUACCCUCACUGCGUGGUGCACGAGCUGCCAGAGCUAACUGCGGAGAGUCUGGAAGCAGGUGACAGUAACCAGUUUUGCUGGAGGAACCUCUUUUCUUGUAUCAAUCUGCUUCGGAUCUUGAACAAGCUGACAAAGUGGAAGCAUUCAAGGACAAUGAUGCUGGUGGUGUUCAAGUCAGCCCCCAUCUUGAAGCGGGCCCUAAAGGUGAAACAAGCCAUGAUGCAGCUGUACGUGCUGAAGCUGCUCAAGGUACAGACCAAAUACUUGGGGCGGCAGUGGCGAAAGAGCAACAUGAAGACCAUGUCUGCCAUCUACCAGAAGGUGCGGCAUCGGCUCAAUGACGACUGGGCAUACGGCAACGAUCUUGAUGCCCGGCCUUGGGACUUCCAGGCAGAGGAGUGUGCCCUCCGUGCCAACAUUGAACGCUUCAACGCCCGGCGCUAUGACCGGGCCCACAGCAACCCCGACUUCCUGCCAGUGGACAACUGCCUGCAGAGUGUCCUGGGCCAACGGGUGGACCUCCCUGAGGACUUUCAGAUGAACUAUGACCUCUGGUUAGAAAGGGAGGUCUUCUCCAAGCCCAUUUCCUGGGAAGAGCUGCUGCAGUAAGGCUGUUGGUUAGGGCACUGAAAUAGAGAAAGGAGGAUCUCAAGGUACCUGCAGGACUGUCCUAGUUCAUGGCUGCAGUGCUCCCGUUCCCCACCAGGUGGCAGCACAGCCCCACUGUGUCUUCUGCAGUCUGUCCUGGGCUUGGAUGAGCCCAGCUUUACCUCCUGUUGGUUCCCAGGGUCCAGCUCAGAAGCGGUCAUCUCUGCCUGGGAUCCAUUCUUCCUUUAUUUCUCCCACCCUCCUCUCUUGGACAUGGUUGGUUUUGGCUCAUUUCACAGUCAGCCCAAGGCUGGGAAAGCUGGAAUGGGAUGGGAACCCCUCCACAGCACAUCUAAAUUUCAGGGGUCAUGCUGAUGCCUCCUGAGACACACAAAUCCUUGCUUUGUCAGCUUGCAAAGGAGGAGAGUUUAGGAUUAGGGCCAGGGCCAAAAAAAAAAAUACAACGGUAUCUUGGUUGUGCUCUGGGGUGGGGGUGGGGGUUUCUGUUGUUAUUCCAGCCUCCUGCUAUGUUAUAUGCAGAAGUAAUUGCAGAGGCUCCUGCAGCUGCCUCAACACUUUGAUUUUGGACAGGGACAAGGUAGGAAGAGAAGCUUCCCUUAACCAGAGGGGCCAUUUUUCCUUUUGGCUUUGGAGGGCCUGUAAAUACCUAUAUAUAAUUCUGUGUGUAUUCUCCUGUGUCAUGUUGGGGUUUUUAAUGUGUUUGUGUAUUCUGUUUACAUUAAAAAUAAGCAAAAAU